CGCCGGCUGCGUGGGGUUUCGGGCGCCGGGGGUAAAGCACUGCGCGCUCUCGCCGCGGCCCGGGUGGAGUUCCCAGUUCGGUCUCCGAACCCGCUCGCCCUUUCCAGCUUCCCCGCGACUCCUGGGUCCGGUCCUUUUGGAGGAGGGGGGUCAAGGGCUGGGCCUCGGAGCCUCAAGCGCGUCCGAGCAGGCUCAACGCUCUGGCUCCGGGCUGCCGGGCGAGGGGCGCGGUGUGAGGGCCGGGGCCCGGGCGGCGCGCGGGGGCUGCAGGAAGCGAGGGCAGCCGGGGCUCGGCCCCCGCUCCGCCCGGGUAGAGACACCCGGAAACGGAUUCACCGCUUCAGUGGCCGUGCGAGCCGGGAGCCUCGGAGGGGGGCGGGCGGCUGCUGAGUAAUCCCCGCGGCGGCGGCGGCGGCGGCGGCGGGAGGCGGUGGCCUUGGCGCCCACGUCCCCGCCGCGCGCGCUGCAGCCCGGCCCCGGCUCCUCCCUCCGCGCCCGCCCACCGCGCCCGCGCCCCGUGCAGGUAGAACCGGGCUCCGGGCGCGCGCGGGGGCCGCAGCGGCUGCCACUCCACCUCGCCUCGGCCCCGCGCAGAGCUUCGCGCGCCCAUGGCCGGCUCGGAGCAGCAGCGGCCGCGGCGGCUGGACGACGGAGACGCGGCGGCGGCUCCCCUGCAGGACGCGGAACUGGCCCUCGCCGGCAUCAACAUGCUGCUUAACAACGGCUUUCGGGAGUCGGACCAGCUCUUCAAACAAUACAGAAAUCAUAGCCCGUUAAUGAGUUUUGGAGCCAGCUUUGUCAGUUUUUUGAAUGCCAUGAUGACAUUUGAGGAAGAAAAAAUGCAGUUGGCGUGUGAUGACUUAAAAACUACAGAAAAGCUGUGUGAAAGUGAAGAGGCUGGAGUAAUUGAAACAAUCAAGAAUAAAAUUAAGAAGAAUGUUGAUGUCCGAAAAUCUACCCCCUCUAUGGUUGAUCGGCUUCAGAGGCAGAUAAUCAUAGCUGACUGUCAAGUUUACCUGGCUGUGCUCUCGUUUGUAAAGCAAGAAUUGUCAGCAUAUAUAAAAGGUGGGUGGAUCCUUAGGAAAGCCUGGAAGAUUUACAAUAAAUGCUAUCUGGACAUCAACGCCCUUCAGGAGCUGUAUCAGAAGAAGCUAACAGAAGAGCCUUUGACUUCUGAUGCUGCAAAUGAUAACCACAUUGUGGCUGAAGGGGUGUCUGAGGAGUCUCUGAACAGACUGAAAGGUGCUGUGAGCUUUGGAUACGGCCUUUUUCACCUUUGCAUAUCCAUGGUGCCCCCAAACCUGCUCAAAAUCAUCAACCUGCUGGGUUUUCCUGGAGACCGCCUGCAGGGGCUUUCUUCACUGAUGUAUGCAAGCGAAAGUAAGGACAUGAAGGCCCCUUUAGCUACAUUAGCGCUGCUCUGGUAUCAUACUGUGGUCCGCCCAUUUUUUGCCUUGGAUGGCAGUGAUAACAAAGCCGGCCUGGAUGAAGCAAAGGAAAUUCUUCUCAAAAAAGAAGCUGCUUAUCCAAACUCUUCCCUCUUUAUGUUUUUCAAGGGACGCAUACAACGACUAGAGUGUCAAAUCAACAGUGCCUUGACUUCCUUCCAUACUGCUCUGGAACUUGCAGUAGACCAGAGAGAAAUCCAGCAUGUUUGUCUCUAUGAAAUUGGUUGGUGCAGCAUGAUAGAGCUGAAUUUCAAGGACGCGUUCAAUUCCUUUGAGAGGCUAAAAAACGAGUCCCGGUGGUCCCAGUGCUAUUAUGCCUACCUAACUGCAGUUUGCCAGGGAGCCACCGGUGAUGUGGAUGGGGCACAGAUUGUCUUCAAAGAAGUUCAGAAGCUCUUCAAAAGGAAAAACAAUCAGAUUGAACAGUUUUCUGUGAAAAAGGCAGAGAGAUUUCGGAAACAAACCCCAACCAGAGCUCUCUGCGUGCUGGCAUCCAUUGAAGUGUUGUACUUGUGGAAGGCCCUCCCCAACUGCUCCCCCCCCAACCUACAGAGGAUGAGUCAAGCUUGCCAUGGAGUAGAUGACUCAUCUGUCGUUGGAUUAAAGUAUUUGCUUCUUGGUGCCAUACACAAAUGUCUAGGGAACUCAGAAGAUGCUGUUCAGUUCUUUCAGCGAGCUGUCAAAGAUGAAUUGUGUCGUCAGAAUAACUUAUACGUUCAGCCAUAUGCUUGCUAUGAACUUGGCUGUCUUCUAUUAGACAAACCAGAGACUGUAGGAAGAGGCAGAGCUCUCCUUCUUCAAGCAAAGGAGGAUUUCUCUGGCUACGACUUUGAAAACAGGUUGCAUGUCCGCAUUCAUGCUGCCCUGGCCUCAAUGAGGGAACUGGUUCCUCAGUGACAGACCCCAAGUUCCUGCUGUGUCCCUCCCCAAUACAGGUUCUGCACUUUAAAAGCAGAGCACACCGCUCUUUCGAAGAUCAGCUUUUCUUCCGAAAACCACCUGGGCCCAGGACACAUUUCCUCAGUUAGGCUGAUGUAUUAAAGAUCUCCUCUUUUAAACACAUAGCUUAAAAAAAAAAUGAUGAUAAUGAUGGUAGUAAUAAUAACUAACCACCCGGGGAGAGGGUUAAGUGACCUUGUUCAAACAUUUUAGUUUUGUGAUUUAUUAUUUUUAAAAUAAAAGUAAACUAAAUAUUCAACCUGCGAUCUUGUAGGAAUGCCUACCUGAAGCACACAUCUGACUGGGUAACACAAAGUACCUGUAAAAUUAUUAACAGUAUCACAACAUAGCAUUUAUAUUGUGUUUUGAAAAAAUAGCAAUGCUUUCCAGUUUUACUUUAUCCUCAAACUAUUCCAGUGAGUAACAGCACAGAUAUGCUAAUCUCCAUUGUCCAGAAAAUGAGACUCAGGCACAAAAAAGCAAAUUGACUUAUUCCAAUUAGUUAUUCCUCUUAUUAUAGAGUCUUGAAUAGAAUGCAGGUCUCCUGACCACAGACCAAAUAAUUCUUCUAUUGUAAAAACAAAUAUGUUAAUAACCCAGAAUUCCAUGUUUUCCUUAUUUAAAAAAAAAAUACUUCUCAGCUGAAAUGUCAUCAAAAUAUUUAUCUCCAGAUUGUCUACAAAAAUGCUUCAAAGGACAAACACUUUUUUCCCUUUGAAAGCCAACAACAUGAAAGCAAAUAGAAGAUAGUUUUACAGCCCACAGUAUAGCUGUUUAGCGAAUGUAUUAGAAGACCUAGACUACAGACAGGAUUAAUGAUACCUGCAGUGUAGGGGUUUCCCUUCCUUUGUGAUUUAUUGUCUAAUUUCCAGGUUUUGGAACCUUUUCAGCAAAUUGCAUGAAAAGGCUGUUCUUGAAAGCACACAGAUUUUUUUGCCUCAAAGUAUUUGCUGGUGAAGGAUUUGCUGGGCUGUCUGUUGCCAGGAUUUAAUCACUUUCCCCUUAGCUCAGGUUAUUGAUAUUGUAAAUAGACCUCAAAGUUAUUUUUUAAUCCUUUGUUGCUAAUUUUUAUUGUCAUUGAAUUUACCUCUUUGUUCAGUACUGCAUACCUGUGUUUUCCAAGAAUCUAAAUACCUCAGUCAUUUUAGAAUUUAUGUCAUCAAUUUGUGACUAACCUGGAUCAAUCUUAAGGGUAGUUAUUUUUCAAAUUUCCAGUGCCCUAUAGAAUAUCCUCUUGGGGUGUCAUUUAAUUUUACAUAUCCUUUUAGCUGAAGUAUGAUCUCAUAGAACAUCAACAGUUUUAAUAUUUCACUUAAAAACAAACAUGGGAGGGUCAGCUAGAGCUUUUGCAGCUUUAAUCUACUUAAUCAGGUUUUGAGGGAAUAAUAGUUUCUUAAAAAAAAAAUGCUUGCUCCUCACUGACUUUGGCUGAACUUGCUUCAUGUUUUUUCCCUUACAAAAUGCUUAUUAACGUUGACUUUCUUUCUAGUGGGACUGCUGCAUGGGUUUUAGAUGCUAGCCAGAGAGAAAAGAUGCCUACUUACUUUCAUGAAUGGGAAGAUCCAGGAGCCAGGUAGAUGCCUUCUGAAGGGAAAAAUUGGUGUCUAAAAAUUUUAGAUACCUGGUUUGAAGGAAAGGAUGUUAUGAAUCUUUAAAAUAUGGCUCUCGCCAUUUUCAUGUCCUCUUGGUUAUAGUUUAUAUGGCAGAUUUCUCAGUAAUGAUUGUGGAGCGUUUGGAAUAAUGAAGUUCUUGCUCCAGUAUUCAUACUUACUUGAAUUUUCAGAUCAGGUAUUGUUCAAACUACUUAUUAUUCAGUAGUAAAAGAGUACAUAAGGCUCCAUACUUUUCUGCUUUAACUGCUUUAAAACUUCUUGUUUUUCCAGAGAGAUCUCAGGAUUUCAAAUAAAUCUGUGUUCAGUUCACUUCACUGAAUACACAUGAUUGCAACACUGUUCAGUGAGUCGUCUUUACUAGUCCAUUUAUAGAUCUGUUUAUAAACUGUCUCUGCUAGGUUUGAUGCAGGAUAGCCCUGGCGGUUUAUCUGGGAACCUGGUGGUAGAGCUCCAAGAGGGGGUAGACAGUGGUUCUGAAAAUACUAAAAUAACAAAACUGCACUGAGUACACGAAGCCAUUAGAUUCACUGAAAUCUGAGUACAUUAUUGAGUGGAGUAAUUUAUAACAGUCUGGCCUGCGUGCCGUGACUUAUCCAACCUUUGAGUUACUGUUAUCUGCCUGGAAACCUAGUUUGGUGUAAAUUGCUCUUUACCCUUCUCUGAUGAAGAAAAUAAUCAAUAAUCAUGUUUGCA